AUGUGCGGCACCGGUUACGGUUAGCGUCCAGUUGAACUAGUCCCCGGCUCAAAUCGACACUCAGUCGAAUGGAAAAACCCGCUUGUCUCUGCUGUAAACCCGCUUGACCGAAGGGAUGCAUCCAGUUCAGGCCUUAGGGUUACCAAAUAGGAUAAGAAACAGCUGCUUCCUUCUUCAGUUCCCUGAGUCGACACUGUCCCCAAAACCAUCAACUUUGACUCCUUUCACCUAACAUCCUCAGCAUGCACUUCUCCAGUAUUCUCUCGGCCGCUGGCCUGGCCGGCAUGGCAGUGGCGGGACCAGUUCAGGUUGCCGAGCGUCAAGCCCAGAAGCUGAGGAUCAUGCCCCUCGGCGACAGCAUUACCGAAAUCACCUGUUGGCGCAGCAUGGUGUGGGACCAGUUGGCCGAGGCCGGGCUGGCGGGCCAGGUGCAGUACGUCGGGUCGCAGAACAGCAACCCGCAGAACUGCAAGCCCAACACAGCCAACUGGGAUCAGCACCACGAGGGCCACUCAGGCUGGCUGGCCAUCGACAUCGCCAACAACUACCUGGCUAACUGGCUCAAGAGCACCCCUGCCGACAUUGUCAUGUUCAUGCUCGGCACCAACGACGUGUUCCGCGGCCGCACCACCAACGACAUCAUGGCCGCGUACACCAAGAUGGUAGGCAUUAUGCGCGCCGCCAACCCAAAGAUGAAGAUCAUUGUCGACCUGGUGAUCCCGGCCUCCUUCAACAACAACGGCAUCCAGGCAAUCAACGCGCGAAUCCCCGAGUGGGCCAGGGGUCUCAACAGCACCGAGUCUCCCAUCGUCAUCGCCGACUGCUAUACGGGCUUCUCCACGUCCGACCUGCGCGACGGCGUGCACCCGAGCCUGUCGGGCGACCGCAUCAUUGCAUCGCGUGUUGGGCCGCUAUUGCUGAGUUAUGUGAGGCAGUCGCUGGGACAGUAGUGGUUCCGUGAGUGACUUAAAAAAAGACGUGGAAAUAAUUAUGGAUAAGAGAGAGGAGAACAAAUAACCUGUGCGAUGUCUUGUCAUGUUCAAUCAUUUACCUUGCCCAUUCAGUUACGCGCUAGUAAGAAAAUCAAGAGGCG